CUUCUCACACUGUCCCGGAAACCUCUCCAAUUCGGCAAUUCUCCCAAAACCCAGCUGACACGAUCUCUCUUUCUUCCCGCCCAACAAUGUCGAAGCAGACUUACAGGGUCUGCUUCUGCUUCCGCCGGAGGUUCAAGCUCGCCGUCGCCGAGGCCCCGGAAGAGAUCAAAGGCUUCUUCGACCGCUACUCCGAGAAUGGGCUCAUGUCGGCCGAUCACCUCCGCCGCUUCCUGAUCGAGGUCCAGAAGCAGGAGAAUGCAACCCUCGAGGACGCUCAAGCUGCCAUCAACAGUCUUCACGAGCUCAAGCAUUUGAACAUCUUGCACCACCACAAGGGCCAGAGUCUCAACCUCGAGACCUUCUUCAAGUACCUCUUCGGCGACAUUAACCCUCCUGUUGACCUCCAGUGCGGGGUGCAUCAUGAUAUGAGUGCUCCUCUUUCGCAUUAUUUCAUUUACACGGGACACAAUUCGUAUCUAACUGGGAACCAACUUAGUAGUGACUGCAGCGAUGUUCCAAUCAUACAUGCCCUGCAGAGAGGUGUGAGGGUGAUUGAAUUGGAUAUAUGGCCCAAUUCCAACAAGGAUGGCAUUGAAGUUCUUCAUGGAAGGACUCUGACAACUCCUGUGGAACUUAUAAAAUGUUUGAGGUCUAUUAAAGAACAUGCCUUUACCGCAUCUGAUUAUCCUGUAGUCAUAACUCUAGAAGACCACCUCACUCCAGAUCUGCAGGCUAAAGUCGCGGAGAUGGUCACGAGUACAUUUGGAGACAUCCUGUUCUGUCCUAAUUCAGAUUGCUUAAAAGAAUUCCCCUCCCCAGAAUCAUUGAAGAAACGGAUUAUUAUAUCAACCAAACCACCAAAAGAGUAUAUGUCAGCUGCCGUUCCCAAAGAUGCCCAGGAAGGUGAUUCACUAAACGGGAAAACUGCAAGUGAUGAAGAAGCGUGGGGGAAAGAAGUGCCACAUCUUAAAGGCCCUGCUUCAGGCAAUGACAAGGAAGAACCUGAGGAAGAUGAAGAUGAUGAGGAAGAUCCUGAUGAAGGACUGAACAGAUCACAGAAGUCUCUUGCACCAGAAUAUAGACGUUUAAUUGCUAUCCAUGCUGGGAAGCCUAAAGGGGGUAUGAGUGAGUGUCUUAAAGUAGAUCCCGAGAAAGUGAGGCGUCUUAGCUUAAGUGAGCAGCAGCUAGAAAAAGUUGCAGAGACUCGGGGUACUGAUAUUGUCAGAUCUCUGUGGUUGAUGCAUGGAAUGUUCAAGUCCAAUGGAGGGUGCGGUUAUGUUAAGAAACCAGAUUUUCUACUGAAGUCAGGUCCUAACAAUGAAGUGUUUGACCCUAGAGCCAAGUUACCUGUGAAGAAAACUCUUAAGGUGAGGAUAUACAUGGGAGAAGGAUGGUAUUACGAUUUCCGCCACACACAUUUUGAUCAGUAUUCCCCACCAGAUUUCUACACCAGGGUGGGGAUCGCCGGAGUCCCAGCAGAUGUAGUGAUGAAGAAAACAAAGACAUUAGAGGACAACUGGAUACCGGUUUGGAACGAAGAGUUCGAGUUCCAGUUAACUGUUCCAGAACUAGCCUUGCUGAGGCUGGAAGUCCACGAGUACGACAUCGAACCUGAGGGUGUUUAUCGAAAGCAACACUCGUUCUCCGAUUCAGAUUCCGAUUCCGACCGCUCUCAGGCCGGCGAGUCCAACUCCGUCCUCUCCAAUUCCAUCUUCAAAUUCUACUUCGAGCUCACCGCCACCUCCGUUUCCCCGUCCCCGCACGACCUCUCAAAAAUCCAAUCCCGUCCCCGUCACCGCCAUCUUCCAUUCUUCCUUCUCAUGCCUUGUAUGCCUGGAGCGCAUCCGCCCGUCCGAUCCCACCUGGUCUUGCGCUUCCCUCCCCCUGCUUCGACGUCUUCCACCUCCUCUGCAUCCAAUCAUGGGCUCGCCAGGCCUCCGAUCUCGCCGCCACUCGCUCCGAAUGUGCCGCUAUGUGGAGAUAGUUGUGACAAAUUGUUGAGCUGUGGGUUCCAUAGGUGUCAUGAAAGGUGCCACCGAGGGCAGUGUGCUGAGACCUGCAGAAUGGUUGUCUUCAAGUCGUGCCGUUGUGGAGGCCUGAAGAAAGAGGUUUGUGGGAAGAGAUUAAGGUGCAAGAAUCACAGAUGCCCUUCCCCUUGUCAUAGGCAUGAUUUAUUAGGUCCCUGUGCCCCUUGUCCUGUGAUGGUUCCAAUAUCACGUGCUUGUGGUCAACACGAUUUGAGGUUCCUUGUGGAACAGAGAAGGACCAAAAGCCUCCUAAAUGUCGAAAAUUAUGUGAAAUUCCUCCUUUGUGCAGGCAUGGGCCACACUUCAAGGAAGUUGCCUAACUGCACACAUUUAUGCCCGGAGACAUGUCAUCCAGGUCAAUGUUCAUCACCUGACAAGUGCAGUAAAAAGGUCACCGUUCGCUGUCAGUGUCAAACUUUGAAAAAGGAGUGGCUUUGCAAAGAUGUUCAGGAAGCCCAUUGUGUAGCUGGUUCUGAUCCCAAAGAUGUGUCUAAAAAGCACUUUGGACUCAGACUUCUACCCUGUAAUUCAGAUUGCAAGGCUAAAAUUCAAGUUGUGGAGCAGGAACUGCAUUUGCGUACAUCAAAGGAUGCUAAGGAGAAAGACGGCCCUACUGAGGCACAGCCUUCUAGGCGUAGAAAACGACGCCAGCGGUUACAAGAAGCAAAUCAGUUAUCCACACUCCAGAAAAUCCUCCCUGCCGUGAAGAAGCUGCUUCUAGUGGUCAUCCUCGUGGUUACUCUGAUAGCUGCUUCGUAUUAUGGCUACAAGGGUCUAAUGUGGCUCUCUGAUUACAUGAACGAAGGGGAAAAGCAAAGACGUGGUACCAAAAGAAGACAUCCAAGAAUCUAGCAUAUACGCCUUUGGCCUCUCAAGUAAGCAUUGCUCAAAACUGCUGCUUCACAGUUCACAUAUAUACUCUAAUAAAACAAACAUCACACAGCAGAGAACACUAGGAUUGAGAGAGGAUAAGAGAGUCUUGUGUUUGGAUUCCUUCUUAUACCUGGAUUUACAUAUACAACACUCACAUGUAGUUGUCGACUUAGAAACUGAUUUAAUUCUAGACCCUUUUGAGUUUAGCAUAUUAUUGUGUCACUUUCUGAGAUUCUUUCCAGAAUGAUUAUUAUCCGGUAGGGGCAAGAUUGGA